UGAAGAGAGAAGAGGAGGGAAGGUUGUGCAUUUUGUCGAACAGUUGGAGGAUGAAGACGUUACUGUCGUCCUAGACCACGGAGAAUCCGGAGGGGGGUGACUGUGAAGGUAGACGCCAAGGUGGUGGAGGUGGAGGGGCCGCGCGGCAAGCUGGCGCGCUACUUAAAGCACCUGAACCUGGACUUCCAGCUGCCGGAGGGCGGCCCGGGGUUGUGGUGGACGACUGGUUCGGGUCGCGCGGCAGCACUGCCGCCAUCCUCCUCGGUAUCAGCCACGUCGACAACCUGAUCAUUGGUAUCGCCAAGGGCUAUCGCUACGACAUGCGCUUCCAUCACCAACAACAGCUCCUGCUUUGAGAUCCACAACUUCCUCAGAGAGAAGAAGGAGGAUUUGGAAGCCCUUAUGGACAGCAAUGUCUCAGCAUUUAGAAGGUAUAUUGAAACUGGGUUUGUUAGAGAAUGUAAUAAUUGUCUUCCCAUUAACAGAAAAUUCAGCAUAGUGUAGAACAUUGGAAAAAGACCGAUAUGAUCUCCUCUUUGACUCUUGGUGCUAAUUGACUGGGUUCCAUCACUAAGCAAGAACACCUUGGGUAAAAAAAUUAUCAGGGAAAUGCUUUAAUUUCGUGACUUGUUUGAUAGCUAGCCAAUGAUAACCUGUCAAUUCCCUUCUCCAUAUCAACUUUUAUAAGGAUUUGGGGAAUUCUACCUUUAGAAUGACACAUUGUGUGAACCAACUCUUGUGGUAUCAUAAUUGGGUCAUGCAAACUCCUCUUUAGAAAGUUUGAACGUUCCUGUUAGGAAGUUCCUCCCAGCAGGAUCUUGACUGCUUUCCAACUUUAAGAUAUGAAUUCCACCUGGGAACUUAUUUGUAAGUCAAGUGCGAAAUUGUUCUUUGCUUUAAUUGAUCUCACUGGGGUCAAAGAAAACUUCAUCACCCAAAGAACUUUUAAUAUGUCAACGAGAUUAUGUGAGAGAAGACUUUCCUUUGUCAUUCCAGGGGUAAGUGACCCCUUUGAAAACUUUAGCCUAUGAGAUUGCAGAAGAGAAAUUCUCUCCUGAAGAGAAGGAUCAGGAGGCUUUCUUGGUUGCAUCAAUUAUGGAGAUAGAAUAGGUCUCUCAGGUUUUUUAGUGGACUGAGCAGUUGCCAUCUUUUAUAUACUGUAAACUCAAUGCUAUUUCAUUCAUUUUUUUAACACAUUUUUUACUGGCAUGAACAAAGUUGGAUUGGUAUCUUUAUAUCGUGAUUUUUAUUUAAACAUGAGUUUUUGAAAUCCUUCCUUUGUUUAAUCUUUCCAUGUUCCACAACUUCCUAAUGCUGCCUUUGAUAUUGAUAUAUUCUUUGUGCUUUAUUGUUUGUGAGAGUUUGGAUGAAUCAUAUCCUUUUGUACAUUUGCGCUCUUAAGACCCCAUAUUGGGGAAGACUCUUGCAAUGAGACUUUCUCUAUGUCAAUUCUUCUGAUCCCUUUUUAUCUAUAUAGUUUCAUCGGAUAAAUAUCUUUCUCUGUGUACUGUUCUAGUGUCCUCUUAGUGAAGCCUUAGCUCACUCAGAAACAUCUAUGAAUGUGCAGUGCAGAGAACAUCAUAUGUUUCUCGAAGGCCCUUCCUCCUCAUACUUAUCUUAUGGUCUAGAUUAUCCUACUUGGUUGACCUAACAUAAAGGCCUAGCAGUAAUCUAGCAUUAAGCUAUAGCCAGUCUCACAUUCAAAACAAAGUAGCUUAUCCAUAUUUUUAUUCAACUGAUAAUAAUAUUUUGUGAAAUUUAUUACUCUCUAGAGAUUUAGCAUUUCAGUGUGUUUUACUCAUUAUAUUAUUGUCAUAUACAAACAUUUGCAGUAUGUGUUGUAGUUUGUAAAUAAAAUUGACUUGAGAAAACAGAUGAUACAAGUACAAUACAUCAUUAUCCUUCUCAAAGCAACUAGUAAAUCCAUGUGCUGCAUGUAUAUAUUUGGUAUGUUUAUGCAUAAAUAUAUAAUGUUCUUGAUAUAUUGCUACUAUCCAGAUUACAUUUUUAUUUUUAAACCAAUUUGCAUGAUUCAGCAGUCUUAAUAGUCAUAUAUAAGCUUGUAAACUGCAAUCUCUUUAAAUUUUUGGACUAUAUUAUCACUAGUUGUAUCUGCUAGUUCUUUAUGACUCUGACCCUUGUCUUGGAUGUUUGAAUGUGUUCUCUCUGCCUGGUGGGAGAUGGAGAUUUGAUCCCAUCCUGCGCAAGCUGCACAUUUUCGCACCUGUUUUGGUGGUUAACUUUCCUUUGUGGGCUUCAAUGAGAAUGAUUUUAUACCUUGUGAUCUGAGAUGACCUUCUUAGGCCUUGUGGCCUAUGUUGCACAGCCUAGUUCCCCUUCUGAAAGAAAAGAAGUAAAUGUCAUGUAAAGAAGGACAUCAGGAAGUCCUUGGAUGGCAUCUGUGUUAGUGGGAAGGGAACAAUGACUGGUGGAAUUUAAGCAAUGUAAUAGAGUAAGAGAUAUAGGCACCAAUUGUCUAGGCUUUCCCUUUUUCAUGGAAGGUGUCUUAUGGUCAAUUGACUCUUUAAUCUAGUGUGAUUGUUGAAGUUCUAGUUUCAGCUUAGUUCUUUUUUACUUUUGAACCCUGUCUUGCUGCACUUCAUUUUCUGGUGACUUACAUGGGUUGUUCUGAUGAAAACUAGUGUUAUAUACGACCUUCUAUUGUUCCUUGUUCAAUAGUUCCUCAUUACAUUUAUUAAAAAGCUGUUCUUUAAUCAUCAGUACCAUUCUAGUGCUGGAUGUGUGUUUUGUUUUUUGGGUUUGCAAUAUAAUCAUAUUUUUGAACCGACGUUUUUAUUGCUGAAUACUUUACUUUUGAUGGAAAGUUGAUUUUGGUUGUAUCUACUGUUUCUGGUUGGCUUUGGGUUUGUUCUAUGACAUGACAGGAUUUAACGGUUGACCUGGUUAAUCACCUUUAGUAAUGCAACUUAUGUAUGCCAAUCAAAUGGAAAAACGAAUCUUUAUCAGGUGUUUUGCUUGCCAGAAGGUGAUUUUUAGGAUUUGGUGGUGUAUGCCAAACAAAUGGUUGUGGAUUUGUUCUAGCUUUCACCUAGAGUUACCUAGAGUUAGUCCUAGGAUUUCAUGAGGCUUCUCAGGCAUAGUUCCUUGACAAGUUCCAGGGUCUUUUUUGGGGGAUAAAUUGCAUAUAAAUUAUUUGGUCUUGUCAUUUUUCAUAACUGAGAUUCCAGAAGUGUGGGUCUUUUUUGGGGGAUAAAUUGCAUAUAAAUUAUUUGGUCUUGUCAUUUUUCAUAACUGAGAUUCCAGAAGUGUCAUUUUGUCCAACUGAGGUUUUGAGACAGUUUUAGCAUGUUUGCUGCAGCAGACUGAUUUUAGUAACAUUCUUAUCUUGAUUUGUAAUUAUGAAAAGAUGGUUAACAUGGAAGCAUUUUUCUACUCAAAGAAUUCAUGAUCCUUCACACAAGCAAAGGUCUGGUGGAAAGUGCAUUAGCAUUCAUACUCAUGAGCCUGGAUGACUUGUUUGCAGUUGAAUCCAGCAAACCUAAAUAUCAUAUCGUUACUGGUUUCAGUGGUGAACUAUGUUCUCUACGAUUAGACACCAAAACCAGUCUGAGCUUUUCUUUUCCACACUAUAGUCUUUUGCAAGUGCACUUGGUGUCACACAACUUUAUCUUCUCAUAGGGUAGAAAUCACAGCAUCCAGGCCUUUAGGGAAAGAGGUUCUCUGAUUUGACACCACUCAUUCAUCAUCUUCCAUUGUGGCCAAUAGUUUGGCCUCCGUAUUCAUCCUUAGGAUCAUGUUCUCUGUUAUCUGCUUAGUCUUCUCCAUCUGAUAGUAUGUCAGACAGAUAAAAGAAAGUUGCAUUGUCUGUGGAGCAUCUGAUGCUUUGUCCUACUUGAUACAUAUAGUUAUUUGGACUAGCUAUUUGCAAUUUUUUUUAAGAGUUCAAAUAAAAUACAUGUCCCCAAACCCCCUUCUACAAACUCUCAAAUCUCACAUGGCCUCUCACAAGCUUGACCUAUAAAGCCAACAUUGGCAGGUCAUAUUGAACCUACCGUAGGAGGGGUCACAUGGCAAGUUUGUGAGAGGCAAGUGAUAGAAGUCAUGAAUAACUUUCUUUUUAAAAGAAAUUUGGUAGCUUUCAGUUUGAUACCAAUAGCAUUGCCAUGAACAGAACUCAAUAAGGUGAGAGGAUUCAUGUAGCAUGUUCAUAUAUUUAUUGUUGUUGUUGUCAUUGUCAUCAUUGUUCCAGAGCUUCCUCCUAAUAUUUUGUAUCCUCCUAAUUCCUAAUAAACAGGCAGGUCGAGAAUGUUUUUGGAAGAGAACUUAAAUAAAACCUCAAAGAAUCCAAAUAAGGAUAUGAAUUCAAUAGGAUUUCCUCUUAUGAUAUGUAUCAUGUUAAAUAUCAACAUGUUUAAGAUGAUAGAUUAGAUAUGAUUUUCAUCAUUUAUUCUCCAGUAACUAAAUUUUGUAGGAAAAAAAAUAUUUCGUCAUGUAGAAUAAAUAACAGAUUAGAGCAGGUUGUAGUUUGAGAAAGGUUAUGCAUCCUCACAUCUUAUGCUAGAAUAUAGAUUGAGUGACAAAUCUUACACUAACAAGAAUCUUGUAGUCAAUAAAGCAAAGAACAGUAACCAUAGUGGAAACUUUGGCUUUGCACUUUCUGAAGUGCAGACAAAUGGCAUUGUUGCUUUAUAAGAUUGUUGCUAAAGUUGUUCCCCAUACUUAAAUAGACUAUUCAUGCAUCAUCGACAUGGAUAUCAUUUUCUUUCUAAUGACAUUGAAUGCUAGUGUAAGGCUUUCUGAUGCCAUGGCAUCAGUAACUCCAUAGUCCACUAUGUUAUGCUGGAGUUCCCUCUCCUUUUCUCCCAAAGAAGGUUGUACACUAGUCAUUGUAUUUUUGCAAGUUAAAUAGCAGAAAAAUAAAAGCAGCAGAAAUGUUGGAGAAGCCAAUGUUCCAACUAAUACUUGAUUCUGUUUCAUCACCUUUUAUGGCACUGUUCUUGAGACUAAGAAAUGCUAGUUUUGAUUAUUCAUGCACUAAUCAUAACUAAUUUUUUUGAAAAGUUGGUCAUUUAAUGUGGCAAUCAUAUUUGUUCUGGAGUAAAUGUUGCUUAAAAUCAUUCUUAUGAUCCACUAUUAGCCGCAAAUGAGAAUCUGGCAAGAAGCUGACCUACAAUCAUGUUACAAUCAGUAGAAUUGCAUAACAUAGCUGUACUGUUUUGUUAUCAACUUUAGUUUUUUACUCGUUAUCUUGUAUUUCUAUUUUUUUUCUAGUAUAACUAUCUACUGUUGGUGCUUUUCUCUCAUGUUUUUGUGUAUUCCUUUUUUCUCAUUAUUGUAUGCUAAUUGAGAUCAUUUUGAAUAUGAUUCUUGUGGACAUUUUCCUCCCUUUUAUUCUUUCAAAGAAGAAAUCAGACAAACUGAAAAAAUGUGGUAUAGUUUCAGGAAUGAAGUUUUUCUUAACUAUGGUUAAAUAAUUGAACUUGUUCAUUGGUGGAGGCAGGAUCAUAUCUUAAUUAAUUUGCUUUGCAAGAAGGAAAGAAAUAUGCAUCUACUUUUAAACAUUUCUUUCAUAUUUACCAAGCAUUCCAAAGUUUAUCAUCUGACACUGCACCAGAGAAUCUGGACACACUGGUAGUCAACAUAAUAGUUAGCUUUCUUUCACUCUCAAAAGAAAAAAAAAGGUGAUUCCAGUCUCCAAUCCGUAUCAUUGAUGGUAGGAAGCAUCAUUUGCAAUGAUUCUCAUUUGUGUAAGCUAUCAUUUUCUCACCUUUAUAGUGGAUGAUUCUCCUUUUAUAGUUACUCAUUCUCUUAAUAUAUUAUAAUUUAUCUUGUAUCCUAAUUGUGAUCGACAAUGGUAUUGUAAAACUUUAUGAACUAUGCCUGGGGUGGGGCCAUGUGACUCGCAAAUGGCACCUUUAUUUUCUUAUUUCAGAAGAUCUUGCUGAAAUCUAACUAAUAUCUUUGUACUUCUCUUUUCAGAAGCUGUUUUCAUCUUUAGCAUGCUUCUCAAGGCAAAAGUUGGGCCUCUGGUGAAUCUAACUACAUAUUGUUUGGUGAAACUCUACCAUGCUGUAAAUGCAGGACACUGAAGCUACUUUAUCUGAUUAAGUGGGUGGUGCUUUCAGAAGUUUGUGCAAAGUCUCUUCUUCCAACAUGAAGAAUCAAGUAGAUAGUUGACCUGCUGGGGCAUUUUUUUCAGGCACGCUCUGGGAUGGCGAAGCAGCAAGCGUCCUCGACGGAUAUGGACGUGGGAAUGGGUUGGUGGGGGAAGUGGAAACCCGUCCUGGUGAUGCUGGCUAUCGUCGUGGCCUACGCGGUGAUGAACAUCAUGAUCAAGAAGGCGAUCGACGAGGGCACCAACCGGCUACUGCUCAUCACCCUCCGCCAACUCAUCGCGGCUCUGAUCCUGUCACCCAUCGCCUACUUCCGCGAGAGGAAGACGAGGCCGCCUCUCACCGCCGAUAUCUGCGUCCAUCUCUUCUUCAGCGCAGCACUCGGCGCGGCGCUGACGCAGUACCUCUUCCUCCUCGGCCUGCAGUAUACUUCGGCCACCUUCGCGUGCGCCUUCGCCAACAUUCUUCCUGUGCUCACCUUCCUGAUGGCGUUACUCUUCCGGCUAGAGACGCUGAAUCUGAAGCGGACGGCGGGGAUCGCGAAGGCGAUCGGGGCAGCCGUGUGCAUCGCCGGUGCAAUGCUGCUAUCGCUAUACAAAGGCGUGGCUUUGACCAGCUCACCUCACCCAUCGAGGGCGUCGGAGCCUCGGCCGACGCACCUCGCCGUCGACUACACCUCGAGACAGUGCUUGAUGGCCACGGUUGCGCUGUUCGCCGCCUGUGUUUGCUACUCCUCGUGGUUCCUCGUCCAAUCCAAGGUCGGCAAGAAGUACCCUGCGCUGUAUUCGGGCGCCGCGCUCGUCUUCCUCAUCAGUUUCCUUCAGGCCGCCGCGCUGAGCUUAGCCAUUCAACGAAGCUUCUCCAUGUGGAUUCUGAAGACGAAGCUGGAGUUGAUCACUGUGCUGUACUCGGGGAUAGUGGGAUCAGGGAUAGGGUUCUUGGCCAUGUCAUGGUGCGUGGAGAAAAGAGGACCACUGUUCACCUCUGCAUUCACUCCUCUCAUACAGAUCAUCGUGGCCGUCAUCGACACCUCCGUCCUCCAUGAACGGAUCUACCUCGGAAGUGUUCUUGGGUCUGCGCUCGUGAUCCUUGGUCUCUACUUCCUCUUGUGGGGCAAAAGCAAAGAAGCCCGUAAUAGUGAAGUGAAACCUGCGGAGGGCAACGAAGAGAACAAAGUGCAGCUGCAAACAGUGUAGUGACCAGGAAAGCAGGAUCCUGAUGCCAUUGCUGUGUCCACUACAAAAGCAUCAGUAGCAGAAACUUAAGCUCGAGUGACAGAAUCUGUAGAAAGUGGUGUUCAGUACCAAUUAUAGUCCAAGUAAAGAUAAUGCAAACUACUAUUGGUUUAAUGGUUGCCCAUGAUUAACUACUGUUCUUCCUUGCACAUCUAAUCUGAUUUCGACACC